GCGUACAGUGUGUCCAUUUCUAGAAAAGUAGCAUGUAAAACUUUUAAAAGACAUUUUCACGGCAUUUAAUAAAGAGAAUGACUGACACAGAGGCCAAGGUUCAUUUUCGAGUCAUCCGAUUCAUUCACGAAGCUGGAUUACGGCUUCAAAUGACCUCUGUUCCAUUAGCUACAGCCUCUGUCAUCUACCACAAGUUCUUCAGGGAGAAUUCCCUCCAGCAGUAUGACCCAUAUCUGAUUGCGACCACAGCGUUAUAUUUGGCCGGGAAGGCAGAGGAACAACACAUCAAAAUAAGGGACAUUGUCAAUGUCUGUUACAGGGCAUUGCAUCGCAGUAAGCCCCCGCUGGAGAUGGGGGAAGCCUUCUGGUCUCUGAGAGACACAGUGGCCAACUGUGAGAUGUUUGUUCUCAGAAUGCUGCAGUUUAAGAUCUCUUAUCAGCACCCACACAAGUACCUUCUUCAUUAUCUCAAGUUCCUGAAGGAUUGGUUUGAACCAUAUAAGUGGGAGACAACUCCUAUAGCUCGAACUGCAUGGACAUUUCUGAAGGACAGUUACCAUGGUAAUUUGUGUCUACGUCACAAGCCCCAACACAUUGCAGUGGGGUUAAUCUACAUGGCCCUGCAAUGUCACGGUGUUGAGGUGCCACUACAGAGCAAUGUGGCUGUGCCAUGGUGGAAGGUGCUCACUGACGACAUCACUGAUGAUAUCAUUAAAGACAUCAUAGAAGUUGUUAUAUGGACAUAUGACAUAGAAACUAUGGCAACGACAUGAGGAACUUGUACAAGAGGGGAGAAUGCAUUGUGCGUGUGAAAGGGAAAUCUGAAGAUCAUUUGUUAUUGACCUGUCCAACUGUUCAACAUGUUCAUAAUGUUUACCAUGCAACAUCAUUGAACUGAACUAAAAGGAGUUCAUCUUGGAAAGACAUUUUAAAAAUCUUUUUAGAAUAAGUUUUUUCUGUAAUAUGGAAGUAAAUGUGACAGUUUUGUU